AUGGAAAAGCUUGUCCUUGCACUGAUUCACGCGUCGAGAAGGCUACGCCGAUAUUUCGCCAAUCACGUCAUCCACGUGUUAACAAAUUACAAUAUUGGGAAUAUCCUAGCAAGGCCGGAAAUAUCAGGAAGGUUGGCCAAAUGGGCGAUAGAGCUAGGGGGACUCAACGUAGUCUUCAGACCACGACCGUCGAUAAAAGGCCAAGUUUUGGCAGACUUCAUGACGGAAGUCCCCGAUGACAAAGACAGAGAGUGUAAGGCGAUGGAGAAAGCGGAGAAAAAACAAAUCGAAGAACCAUGGAUGCUGUAUACUGACGGCGCGUCCAACGAAGAUGGGGCAGGCGCGGGGCUGCGGCUAGUGAGCCCGGACAAAAACGAGUUCACUUACGCCAUACGUCUAGACUUCAAGAGCACAAAUAACGAAGCAGAGUAUGAAGCCUUUCUGGCCGGCCUGCGCUUAGCAAUCAAAAUGGGAGUCCGACAUAUUGAGGCACAUGUGGACUCCAUGCUAGUGGCAGGCCAAAUCAACGGUCAAUACGAAGCCAAGGGCGACAUAAUGGCACUCUAUCUCAACCAAGCAAAGACGUUGCUGCAAACUUUCUAUUCUUACAAGGUGCACCACAUAAACCGCAGCGAAAACAAGCCGGCAGACGCCUUAAGCAAGCUUGCGUCAACAAGUUUUCAGCACCUAGCCAAAGACGUACGCAUAGAAGUUUUAAGCAACCCGUCUGUUCCACUCCGAGAAGUCAGCGUAAUCCAAACAGGAGCCACGUCCUGGAUGACACCCAUCAUCAUGUACUUACAGUCCGGGAUACUCCCAGAAAAUAAAGCCGAGGCGCGGAAAAUCCAGUACAAAUCAGAACAUUAUCAAAUGGCGGACGGGAUAUUGUACCGAAAGUCAUAUCUCGGCCCUCUGCUGAGAUGUGUUGACGCCGACGACGCAAAUUAUCUGAUCCGGGAAGUACAUGAGGGCAUCUGCGGCAUCCACGCCGGGCCACGCAUGGUAGUGGCUAAAGUAAUGAACGCUGGUUACUACUGGCCCGGAAUGCACCUCGAUGCCGUGAAAGAAUUAAGGAAAUGCAGCGGCUGCCAACGGCAUGCACCAAAAACCAUGCGUCCAAAAAACGAGUUGGUGCCAGUAACAACCGCAUGGCCCUUUCAGCAAUGGGGCAUAGACAUGGUGGGCCCCUUCCCAGAAGCUCCGGGGGCAGUCAAGUUUAUCAUCGUCGCGGUCGAUUACUUCACCAAGUGGGUAGAAGCAAAAGCACUUGCGUCAACCACAUCGGCAGUCGUUAAACGGUUUAUCUGGGAACAAAUCAUAUGCCGUUUCGGCCUUCCACUCCGCAUCAUCACCGACAAUGGUACAAAUUUUGCAGCAGAUGAUCUCGAACGAUGGUUCAAGGAACUAAACAUUGAACACACCUUCUCGUCGGUCGCACAUCCGCAAGGGAAUGGUCAAGUUGAAGCAGUCAAUAAAAGCAUCGUUGACGGCAUCAAAGCAAGACUCGGGCGAAUCGCCGACACAUUUACCUAA